GCAAAGGGGUGGCGCGUAAGUGGGGAAGACUUUCCAGAGAGACUGGUCCAAAGUGGAGACAGAACCCCCCCUAGUCUCCACUUCCACGGCUAACCAACCUUCACAAAGUAGUUCGACUUCCAUUCUUUCUUUUGGACCAUUUAUUGUUAACCUUUUGUCAUUGUAGCCUUUGCUUAAAAAGUAGUCGAAGUAAAAACCAAAAAAGUUAGGGAGAAACCGGUUUUCCCUGGUACUACACCACCGCUUUUGUUUGUGAAUGGUCUUUUAACUCUGACAGCACCAAUUGGCCCGGAGAAGUGAACGUUCCAACUGGCUCGCUCCUAGCAACCAAAGCACCUCAGAUGGACCUGAGAUAACCUCACCUAGCCAGUCUUUGUCCCGGUCUUCUUCUGGACCCUGAAGCCCGUCAGGAUGACAGAUCUCGCCGGGCUGAGCCCUGAGACGGCAGGGACCGGUGGGGCCGAGGUUGACGCCUGUAGUUUGGAGUUAGAGAGGAAGUAUGACAUCAUCCCCGCGGUCAUCUGCUCCAUGUGUUGCCUGUUUGGCAUCAUCUACUGCUUCUUUGGUUAUCGCUGUUUCAAGGCGGUCAUGUUCCUGUCUGGGCUGAUGUUUGGCUCCGUCAUCAUCUUCCUUCUGUGCCACAAGGAGCAUGUGCUGGACACGCAGCUCAGCGUGGAGGCCAGCGCAGGCAUCGGCCUUGGCAUCGGCCUGCUCUGUGGCCUGGUGACCAUGCUGGUGCGCAGUGUCGGCCUCUUCAUGACGGGCCUCCUUCUGGGCCUCCUCCUGGCUCUGGCGGCCCUGUUGGUUACUGAGCAGUUCUACACGCCCACCACGGUGUGGGUGCCCCUGGGGGUGCUGCUGGGAUCAGGCAUGCUGUUCGCUGUGCUGACGCUGCAGUGGCAAAAGAUCUUCACUGUCAUCUCCACGGCGGUGUUUGGCGCCGCCAUCAUGACAGUGUGUGCUGACUAUUUUGUGGAGAUGCUGGCUUUGGCCACGCAUGUGUACGAGUGCUUGCGCCUCACUCCUGGACCGCCUCUGUGCUGGUACAGCUGGGUCAUUCUGGGCAUCUGGCCUGCCCUUAGCCUCAUCGGAGUCCUGGUGCAGUGGAAACUGACAGACAACAGCUUCUCACACACCGAGGUUGUUUUGAGCCGGCGUCAGAAGAGAGUGCAGCUGAUGCGCAUUAGAGAGAAGGACGCCAAGAAGCGACAGCAGGCAGGUGGGCAGGAAGGCACGUACCGCCGUAAACCCACCCCAGUGAAACGUUACGCUGGGGACCUUCUGGCACCGAGCUAUCUACAAAGUCUACGGGACAGACAAAUGGGCACCGGCACUUCCCUUAGCAGCCAGAGCACGGCCAACCAGACCAUGAUCGACUUGGACUGUGACACCAGCUCCACUGUGCCCCUCACAGCUACAACACCUGUCAUCAGGGUCUGAGCAGCAACAUUAAAACACAAAAAGGGACAUUCUGGUUCUGCAAUACCAUCAUAAAAAACAUGUGAGCCACUUCUUGCAGUGUGUUUUGUUUCCUAUCUUCAUGUGGUUAUGAAAGAGGGAUGCUGCUUUUUACUGGGAAGAAAGAACAUUUAAAAGCCACUAUGAAGACACUAGGUAACUAGGCACAAGGCCCUACAUUUCCUCCCAUCAUCUACAAGUAUUCCAUACAUAACGGAGCCUGGCUAUGUAUUUCCAUCAGGUAGUAAAAGCUGACAUGUACUGUACUUCAAAGUUAGCCACAUUACCAUUAAGUGUUGCGUUAUUACUGUGUGUCGUGAGAGUUUACCAGUAACGCAAAUGUUUGUUUGAGUGAAAUAGGAAAUAUGACAUGUCAAAGUUAAACAUUACAAUCAGUUGCAAGCAUGUAAUAGCUUUUUUUUAGCAGUACUCUGAUUCUGUGAAGAGUCUUAGUUGUGUGCGUGCGUGUGUGUGUGCGUGCGUGUGUCUUAUAAUUUAUUUGUCAUACAUCCAAGUACAUGGUAGUGAUGGAAAAAAUGGUAAUCGGUAGCUGUUUUAAAGUUGUCUUGCAUGUUGUUUGACUUUUGCUGGGACAAUUGGACUUCUUACCUGACUGUGUAAAUACCUGUUGAUAGAAUUGAA